GAAAUGCGCGGGAAAGACUGGACGUGAUUCGCGGCAUUUUUUAAGCAUUCGCCGGUCGAGAAAGUCGCAAGGUUUCACAACAAAAAAAUAUUUCCUAACAUUCUACAAUCCUUUUAAAAAUCUUCACUUCUUUUACAAGAAAAAUGGCAGAAUAUGGUGUUGCAGAGAAUGGAGUUUCAAAAGGGCAUCAAAUUUAUCGUCUAGCAUUGACUGGAGGUCCUUGUGCAGGAAAGACUACCUCUCAAGCAAGAUUGUCUACAUUUUUUGAAAACUUAGGAUGGAAGGUCUUUCGUGUACCUGAAGCCUCUACCAUUUUACUUGGAGGUGGAGUAAAGUUCCCAGAUUUGACUUCUGAUCAACGUGUUAAAUUUCAAGAGAAUUUGUUGAAAACCAUUAUCCAAUUGGAAACCACGUUUUUUGAGCUGGCAGAAUCUUGCAACCAGAAUUGCUUGAUUAUUUGUGAUCGCGGAGUCAUGGAUCCCUCAGCAUUUGUGUCCAAAGAAGAAUGGCAGGCAUAUUUGAAGAAAAAUAAUUGGAACAAUGUGAAACUUCGUGAUGAAAGAUACAAUCAAGUCAUUCAUCUUGUUACAGCAGCGAAGGGCGCGACGGCUUUUUAUCAGUUGGAAAAUAACAACACAAGAACGGAAGGACUAGCAUUGGCCAGAGAAUUGGAUGAUAAAGCUUGUCAGGCCUGGGUUGGUCAUCCAUAUUUUGAUGUCAUUGAAAAUUCUGAAGAUUUCAACGACAAAGUCUCUCGAACCAUUGCAGCAGUUUGCGCAAAGAUUGGGAUCGAUAUAAACGACCGUCUCGACAAGGACAGCAAGAAACGGAAAUUCUUGGUUUCAAAACCUCCAAAUAUUGAGGAUUUUCCUCCAUACCAAGAUUUUGACGUUCAACACGACUACCUCGUCGCCGCGGGCGGUCCGCAAGUUCGUAUCCGAAAACGAGGACAAGGUGGACAUUUUACCUACACUCAUACGGUACGCUUGCUUGUAAAAGACCAAACAGUCGAACGAAGAAAGAUUAUUUCAUCAAGAGAUUACGAGAUGUUUUUACAACAGCGGGACCCGACCCGUAAAUCAGUGGUGAAAAGACGAACUUGUUUUCUGUGGCAAAAUCAAUAUUUCCAACUCGAUAGCUACUGUCAGCCGUGCAAUGAAAGAUGUAAAGGGUUGAUAAUCCUGGAAACGUACACGACGAAUCGGAGCAGCGACCUUCCGCUGCCAGAUUUCCUGGAAAUCGAGAAGGAAAUAACGAAUGAUAAGGACUAUUCCAUGUACAACCUCUCCGUGGACGAUUCCUGACUUGGGUAACGUAUUUGUUGCGUGAUUGUCGCCGUGUUGUCAUAAUCAUGUGUGGUUAUAUAUUUAUAAGUACUGUGUAUAUGUAGGUGUAAAUUUUUUAAUUUUCCAAGUUGCAAACUGCCUAAGGUUCAUACGUCGCAUUUUGGUCCCGUCGAAUGCAAUUCAAACAAUAGAUAAUGAGAUCGUAAACCUUAUUAGGCUUCAUUAUCAUCUCAUUAUCGAUUGUUUGAAUUGCAUUCGACGCGACCAAAACGUAUGAACUAGGCCUAACGAGCAGAUAACCCAGCAUAGCCUCGCUUUACUUUUACCGCAUUUUAUAGAACAUGUUUAUGACGAAAAGUAACACUUUUUUAAGGCAAAAAUGUACGGUACU